CUAACAUACCCGGUAACCCAAUGUUCAGCCGACGCCUACCCUGUUUAACAAGCAGAAAGCUGCGCACAAGUCAGUCAGAUAAAACAAACCUGCGGUGAAACAAACAUCCGUCAAUCUAAGGAACUGUCUUCCCAGGUACAAUGGCGAACUGUGGUCUGGUUACUAUUCAGAAGGAACCAGUUCCUCUAAAGAGCAUCGAGGUGGACCUGGAGGUGAGGGACCAUGUAGCUACAGUGGUCUCCACUCUGAACUACAAGAACCAGGAAGACAAACCACUAGAGGCUGUCUUUGUCUUCCCUCUGCCUGGAGAUGCUGCUGUGUGUCAUUUCAGUGCUCAGAUUGGACAGACACACAUUGUAGCUGAGGUGAAGGAGAAACAGCAGGCUCGGGAGGAGUAUGACGAUGCACUGAGCUCCGGUCAGCAGGCCUUCCUACUGGAGGAGAGUGAGCAGAGUCCAGAUAUAUUCUCUCUGAGUGUGGGCAGUCUGCCUCCAGGAGAGAGCGCCUCCAUCAGGCUGGAGUAUGUCACUGAGCUGGCUGUGCAGGCUGAUGAUGGGCUGAGGUUCUGUCUGCCUGCUGUGCUCAACCCUCGCUACCAACCUCGGGGUAGUGAAGGCCCCAGGGUCCAGGUGAGCUCAGUUCCAGCCUCUCUGGUGCCCUACAGUCUGUCCUUUUCUGUCCAAGUGUCCUCUCCUCGUCCAAUCUGUAAAGUGGAGUCCAGCUGUUCCCUGGAGCCUCUUCAGUACCUGAACAGUGAUCAAACACAGGCCACGCUUAAGUUGGCUGCAGGACACAAGUUUGACAGAGACGUUGAAGUGCUGAUUUAUUACAAAGACGCCCACCAGCCCACUGCUGUGGUGGAGGCAGGACAGGCCUCUGCUCAACCUGGCUCACUGAUGGGUGAUCCAGUGGUGAUGGUGAGCCUGUACCCUGAGUUCCCUCAGUCUGUGAUGUCCUCACUCGCCUCCAGUGGAGAGUUUGUGUUCCUGAUGGAUCGAUCUGGGAGUAUGAGCUGUCCCAUCAAUAACAGCAAUCCACAAGAAACUCGCAUAACUAGUGCAAGGGACACUCUGCUGCUCCUGCUGAAGAGUUUACCUAUGGGCUGCUACUUCAACAUCUACAGCUUUGGGUCCAGCUUUGAACACAUCUUCCCUAAGAGUGUAGAGUACAACGAGAAGACCAUGGAGGAGGCUGUGAAAAAAGUGGAGGUGAUGGAUUCUAAUCUGGGAGGAACAGAGAUCCUUCAACCUCUUCAACACAUUUACAGCCAGCCCUGCAUUCCCAAACAGCCUAGACAACUGUUUGUCUUCACUGACGGAGAGGUGGGGAACACCAAAGAAGUGAUUGAUCAUGUGAAGAAGAAUGCAGGCUCCCACAGAUGUUUCUCAUUUGGGAUUGGAGAAGGAGCCAGCUCUGCUCUUAUUAAUGGGAUAGCCAAGGCAGGAGGAGGUCAUGCUCAGUUUAUCACUGGGACUGACAGGAUGCAACCAAAAGUGAUGCAGUCACUGAAGUUUGCACUGCAGCCAUCCGUGGAGGAGAUUUCUGUCGCAUGGGAUUUACCAAAGGGAGUGUCCGCUACCAUCCUCUCUCCUCCCAUCACAACAAUGUUUCAGGGUCAGAGGUCACUGAUUUAUGCCCAGCUUACUGGAGAGAGUCCAGCUGCCUCAGAAGGCUCUGUGACCGUGAAGUACAGCCUGGCAGGCCAUCCUUCUCAGAACCAGCUGAACUUCGGUCUCAAACUUGCUGAGGACACUGGAUUAACAGUCCACAGGCUGGCUGCUCGUACUGUAAUUCGCUCUCUGGAGUUAGAGCAGGCACCAUAUGGAGAUCCACGGUAUGGAGAAGCGCAGAAGAAGGCGGUGGAGCUCAGCGUCCAAUCAGGAGUGAGCAGUUCUUUCACUGCUUUCAUUGCUGUUAAUAAAGACAACGGCAAGUCAGUUCAAGGACCUCUGGUGCGCAGAAAUGUUCCAACUCCUUUCUACGGAAUGCCCAUGGCUUGUUUUGCAAUGUCAGGCCCUCCCGUCAUGGCUAUGGCUUGUGCUGCACGACCAGGUCGAUCAUCUUUCAUGAGAUUUCGAGCUGGUGGUUCCCUGAUUGCAGCAGAUUGUCUACCUGAAUCCAGUGAUGGUGUGAGCCCAAAGCCCAGUAGAGACCCUCUGCUGCACCUGGUGUCUCUCCAGAAGGCUGCUGGAUGCUGGCUGCUGGCUGCAGAUCUGGCUGAUGUGCUGGGAAAGACCAGUGAGGAAGUGGAGAAGUCAAAGCCUGCAUCGGUCAACGAGGAAGUGUACGCCACCAUUCUGGCUCUGAUCUGGCUUCAUGGUUUCAAGAUUGAUGCAAAGGAGGAGUGGGAGCUUCUGGCUGGGAAGGCAGCAUCAUGGAUCCAAGCUCAGAAUGCUGCGUGUGUGUCCGAGUGUGUGGAAGCUGGAAAUGCACUGUUGGGAUGCAGCAUGAAGAAAGAAGCUCUGGGGCUGUGAGGUUUUCUCUGAUGUAGCUUCCACUUCACGUUCUUAAACAAAAACGUUUAGUUAUUGAGCUCAUCUGACAAGCUUCAUAUUGUUUAUUGUUCCGUUUUUACUCACUUAUCUACCAAUGUGCCUGAGUAUAUUUUUGUUGCAAGUUUCUGUACAAAGAAGCCAUAUAACAGCAAACAGAAAAUAAGGUUUACUUGCGUCUUUGAAUGUUAAGUGUGAUUAAAAACAUGUAAUAGUAAAAAGUGAAGAUUCAUUCAAUUAAACAAAUUAGAGACCAGUGUAUGUCUGCUAAAUAAAAAGUUAAUCCUAA